AUGUACUCAUUGCGAAGGAUUUGGACUGUAUCUCACUUAAGCAGUUCCUAUCGAUCUCUGACUUCAAAACAAUUAGUCUAUGAUACGAAUGGUGAUCCAGAAAAUGUCUUGCAUUUGCGGACAGUUGAAAUCGAUUCAAAACCAGGUCCUGGACGAGUUCGUAUUCGUUAUCUUGCUUCUCCAGUGAAUCCAGCGGAUAUCAAUCAAAUUCAGGGAGUUUAUCCAAUCAAACCGCAACUUCCUGCUGUUGGUGGUAAUGAAAUGGUUGGAGAAGUUGAAGAGACGGGUGACGAUGUCAGUAGAGUACGUUGUGGUGAUCGAGUAAUUGCUUCAAAUUCUGGUUUAGGUACAUGGCAAACUUAUGCUAAUAUUGAUGAGAAAGAUUUGGUUAAGAUUGAUCGUUCUUUGCCCGUAGAAGCUGCGGCCACAUUUCAAGUAAACCCACCUACUGCAUAUCGCAUGUUGAAGGAUUUUAUUAAUCUUAAGCCUGGUGAUCUUAUUAUCCAAAAUGGUAGCAAUUCGGCCGUGGGCAGAGCAGUCAUUCAGCUAGCAAAGAUUUGGGGCUUUCGGACAGUCAAUAUCAUUCGUGAGAGACCGGACUUCUCAGAGGUUGCAGAUGAAUUAAGAUCGUUCGGUGCUGAUAAAGUCAUUGGAGAACGAGAACUGCAGAACGAAAAAAAAAACAUUAAUGCUCGUCUGGCUUUGAAUUGUGUUGGAGGUCGUAGUGCUUUGCUUUUGAUUAGUUGUCUUGGAAUAGAAGGCGUAAUGGUUACCUACGGAGGCAUGAGUAAGCAGCUAAUACAGGCUCCGACUGGUCCAUUUAUUUUUAAAAAUAUACAACUCCGUGGUUUUUGGAUUUCACAAUGGUAUAAACAGCAUGAAAAUGAAAAAGUGAAAAAGCAAAUCUGCCCAAAAAAUUAUUUCAAAAAUGUUGCACUGAAACAAGUGUUUGACAACAUCGUUUUGCAGGAAAGAGAAAAGAUGUUUAGCGAGCUGACAGAUUUCAUACAAACUGGGAAGUUUAGACCGCCAAAUUUUGACAAAUUAAAUCUUGAUGAUUGGCAGAAAGCUAUAAGCAACACGAUGAAGUCUGUGAAUAGAAAGCAGCUCUUUGUAUUCUAA